AUGCAAGUUCCCGCGGAGCAUCACUCCACUCGGGUUAUAUCUAUCUGUGAUAUCGUCAUCUCAGGCCCCUUUGGAAUGUGUAACCAUGAUUACUCCGCUUCUAUACCUGCCUCUAGUAGUGGUAGCACUCGACGUAUGCGUUUGGUAGCCUACAUCACAUUGGUCUCUAUCCACUAUCAACAGCUACUCUUUUACUCUUCUAUCAUAACUAUAAUCACUGGCUAUCACUACUAUGUCGCAGCUCUGCCCCUUUACGACAUCUCAAUUGCUCUAUCUGUGCUUUCGGGACUAACACUACUGUGGUUAUGUAAUUGCUAUUACAACAGCAAGCCCAAUGUAUUCUGCAUCGAUCAUGUUGAGUUUGACGCUCCUCCCUCUUGGAAGGUCAGUCAUGAAGACAUCAUCAACAUUGCCAAGAUACAAGGUUGCUACACGGAAGAUUCACUCAACUUCAUGCAGCGUCUUCUCGAGAGGUCUGGUACUUGCCCUGAUAAGAGUGCUGCUUACCCUCCAGUGGUUGUUGAGUCACUGAGGACUAACGCCCCCGCCGAUGCCUCUGCUGUCAAUACUAGAGAGGAAGCGAGGGAAGUGAUCAUAACUACGGUCAAAGAUCUGCUCAAGAAAACUGGUGUGCAUCCUAAAUCUAUCGACUACAUCAUCGUCAAUUGCGCCAUGUACAACCCGACACCGUCACAUGCUGCUAUGAUAGUGAAUGAAGUCGGUAUGAGGAAUGACGUUAUCACCUAUAACCUCAGUGGUAUGGGGUGUAGUGCCGGUGUUAUCACAAUUGAUCUAGCAACGCGUCUGUUGAGAGAGACCAGAGGUAGGGCACUGAUUGUCUCAACUGAGAUACUAACUCGUUGCUUCUAUCGUGGUAAUGAUCGUGAACCACUGAUGGGUAACACAUUAUUCAGAUGUGGUGGUGCUGCUGCUUUGCUAUCGUCAUUGCCUAAAGACCUAUCUCGUGCCAAAUAUAAGUUGUUACAUACCGUAAGAACGCAAGUUCUCGGUAAUGAGAGUUUUGAAACGAUUAUGGAGACUGAUGACAGUACCAAGCCCAACAGUAUUGUUACACUAAGGCUCCAGAAGAGCAUCAUCAAAGUUGCUGCUGUUGCUAUUAAACAAAAUUUUACUAAGCUUGCUUAUAUGGUUCUCCCUCUGAGAGAACUGUUGAAGGUCUUAUACUCGAUGGUGACGAUGAAAAUGAGAAGAAAGUCGUCAAAAGAAGGUCGCGAGUUGUACGUACCUGAUUUUAGAAAGGGUACUGAUCAUUGGUGUAUUCAUGCUGGUGGCCGUGGUGUAUUGGAUACCUUACAAGAUUCUCUCCAGCUGUCAGACUACGAUAUCCAAGCAAGCCGUAGUGUUCUCUAUGAGAGAGGCAACACCAGUAGCAGUAGCAUAUGGUAUGAGUUGGCAUGGCUCGAACGUGACCAACGUAUUAAGCGUGGAGAUAGGGUAUUACAGUUGGCUUUUGGUAGUGGUUUCAAAUGUAACUCAUCAGUAUGGUUGGCUAUGCAUAAUAUUGAUGCGUAACGACAAUCAGUUUUUCUCACUAUGAGUUGGCUCCACCGUAAUCAAUGGCCAUCAUCUCCUUUUCUAGUUAUUAUCGAUGAUUAUAGUCAGU